AGCUGCAAGCUCCAAGCGGCUGCGGACCACAGUGGAGAGGGGCGAGGGGGGCGCUGGCAGCUUGCGAGAUGCGUCGGCGGAGCCAGCAAGCGUGGGUGACGGCGGACGGAGAAUGGUGGAUCGAGAGGCGAGGUGCGAGGUGCUUUGGGCUGGGCCUUCAAGGCCUGGUUGUUUAUGGGCUGGUUUUGUAUGGGCUGCAGAGGCGAAAAACACAUCCGCCCCUGGUCUGCCCGUCGCGCUCGCGCCUCCGUUCUCUCCCCGUUCGCCGCUCGGUUGCUUCCGCCGCCGCUUCCCCUGGCUGCCUCGUGUACUGGUCGAGCUCAAGCGCCCCAUUUCGGGCUGGGUCCGGGAACCUCGAAUCUAUCUCCUAACCCUAUCAAGCUAGCUAGCUGCGAUGCCGAGCUUCCCUCCGCCGGGCGCCGUCACCAUCUGCGAGAUCAACCGCGACCUCGUUGCGGUGGAUGCCCUCUCCGACGACCGCGCCAAGGACGCAUAUGGGGAUGUCCUCGGGAUGGUGUUCGCCCCGAUUCCGUUCCAGCCGGAGGCUCUUCUUCUCGCCAGCCGCGAGCCUGCUGCUCCUGCCGCGGACCAAGUCGAGCCUGCUGACACUGUGCCCACCGCUGGUUUGGCAGCCACCAUAUCCGACUUCUUCAGGCGGAUGGUCUUCCCUCCACUAGACCCAAAUCUGCUAGAAGAAUUUGACACGCAGAAAGUAAGUUGGAAUCCAUACAAGCAUUGCUUAGCAUUCGUGUCUGGGAAGAACCAGGUUACUGUCCAAGACUUUGAGGACUCAGAUGCUAAAGAACCAUGCAUUUUAACAAAUGAUCAUCAAACGGAUGUUAAGGCUGUUGAGUGGAGACCAAAUAGUGGGAAGAUGAUUGCAGUUGCCUGCAAAGGAGGGAUAUGCCUCUGGUCGGCAUCAUAUCCUGGCAAUGUCCCAUUCAUGAAAUCUGGGGUCACUUCUUCUUCCUUUAGUGCCUUCCCUAGAGGUUCUGGUGGUCAGUGGAUACUUGUGGAUGUUCUUCGUGGCUCUUCUGCUGAGCUCGUUAGUGCACUUUGUUGGAAACCUGAUGGAAGAUACUUGGCAUCUGCCUCAUGUAAUAGUUCAUCUUUCACAAUUUGGGAUGUGUCUCAAGGGUUGGGAACUCCUAUACGGCGUGGAUUAAGCAAUAUAUCAUUAGUGCGGUGGUCACCCAGUGGAGAUUACCUUCUAGUUGCUAAAUUUGAUGGUACUUUUCACUUCUGGGAGACAAACACAUGGACUUCAGAACCCUGGUCUUCGUCUAAUGGAUAUGUGUCUGGAGCAAAUUGGGACCCAGAAGGUCGAGUUGCAUUAUUAUCCUUUUCUAACUCGACGACGCUUGGUUCAAUUCACUUCUCAUCGAAGCCACCAUCUUUAGAUGCUCACCUCCUACCAGUUGAACUUCCAGAAAUUUCCUCCCUGAUUGUUAGCCGAGGCAUAGAGAAAUUAGCAUGGGACGCAUCGGGGGAACGUCUGGCACUGUCGUUCAGAGAUGGAAACGAAAUGUACCGUGGCCUGAUCGCGAUAUAUGACGUGCGGAGAUCUCCACUCGUCUCACUAUCACUAGUUGGGUUCAUCCGGGGACCUGGAGAAGGAGCAAAGCCGCUCGCCUUUGCUUUUCAUAGCAAGUUUAAGCAGGGGCCAUUGCUUUCCGUGUGUUGGAGCAGUGGCUGGUGCUGUACGUAUCCGCUGAUACUUCGUCCUCGUUGACUCCAGUCACCUCGCCGGUUCAGGACUGAAUGUUGCUGACGACUUGGAAGACCGAACGCUUCGAUGUGCCUGCUAGGAGAAAUGCAAAGCUCGAGUUGCUGCAUUGUGACGUUGUGGCUCGAGAAAUGGCGCCCUUUUGGACAGUCAUCUCCAGAUGUGUUUGAUUGGAUAUGUAUGUAUGCUUAUGCUGAUUUUAGCGGGGUUUUUUUUCCCUCUGGCCAUACAUGGAUCGCCCUUUUGGACAGUCA